AUGAACAUCAUCUUCAGCCCCGGACAAAGGGGCCACCCUGAUCAGGUCGCUUACACCUUGGUAUGGCAGGACCUCAGGGAGGAACCCCCACCGUGGGUGAAACCCUUUCUUCCCCCUUCUGACUCCUCUAUACCAAAACUCUUAGCUCUGAAAGGACCUCCCGCUUCCGCUCCGGCUCCGGUCCUGCCCGAGUCUCAGCCUGAUCUACCUUUGCUCGACUAUGACCAGCCUCCUCCCUCCCAGCUGACUCAACCUCCUCCGUACCCACUCUCUCCUCCAGCCUCCUCGUCCGGAUCGAGCACUCCUUCUCCUUCAGCACCCUUUUCACCUGAACCGAACCCCUCUUCUCCUCCGAUACCCACGUCCCCUCUGUAUCCCCCGCUCCCUACGAUGGCUUGCUCUGGGUCUACACCUCCGGGGCCCACGGGCACAGCCCAGAACACUCGGAGUAAGCUACGGCCUGAGGACCCAGUCGUUACCCUCCCUCUUCGCCCCUACGGGCCCAUGAUAGAUGACGGGUCAGAUGGAGGGCAGAUGCCCGCUUUACAGUACUGGCCUUUUUCUACCUCAGAUCUCUAUAACUGGAAAAACAAUAACCCUCCUUUCUCUGAUGAUCCGUCUAAGUUAACAGGUUUAAUGGAUUCUAUCAUGUUCUCCCACCAACCCACAUGGGAUGACUGCCAGCAGCUUCUAGGGGUCCUGUUCACCACCGAGGAGAGAGACCGCAUCCUUCUGGAAGCCCGGAAAGCUGUUCCCGGAGAAAAUGGCAGACCCACCCAGAGACCAGAACUGAUUGAUGAUUUCUUUCCCUUAAAACGCCCCAACUGGGACCCCAACUCACCUACCAGUAGGCAGCAUCUUUCUAUCUAUCGCCAGACUCUAAUGGUAGGUCUCCAGGCGGCCGCAAGGUGCCCCACUAAUUUGGCCAAGGUAAGGGAAGUUACCCAAGGGCCUACUGAGACUCCCUCAGUUUUUCUGGAACGCCUGAUGGAAGCUUACCGGCAGUACACGCCUUUUAACCCUGAAGAAGAAGGCCGACAGGGCUCAAUAGCCAUGACCUUCAUAGGGCAAUCGGCUCCUGAUAUAAGACCUAAGCUCCAAAGGCUAGAUGGUCUGCAAGACCUAACUCUGAGGGAUCUUGUUAAGGAAGCUGAAAAAGUCUACUAUAAACGGGAGACAGAAGAGGAAAAAGAGUUAGCUAGAGACAAGAGACGAAACAAGGAAUUAGCUAAAAUGUUGGCCACAGUUAUUCAGGGAAAACCUGACAGGAAAGGGAAAGCCCACUCGCCCCCCCCAUUAGACCCUGACCAAUGUGCAUAUUGUAAGGAAAAAGGACACCUGAUCAAAGACUGUGAGAAAUUGAGAAACGAGCCAGAAAGGAACGAGAAAAACAAGGACUAGGGACUUCGGGGCUCGGACCCCCUCCCCGAGCUCAGGGUAAUGUUUAAAGUGGAGGGGACUCCCAUAGAAUUCGAGGUCGAUACGGGAGCUGUUUACUCGGCUCUUCAGGCCCCCUUAGGGGCCCUUUCAACUAAGAAAUCUCUAGUUCAAGGGGCUAACGGGAGCAAAUAUCGCUCGUGGACCACCAAGCGCACAGUUGACCUAGGCAAAGGAAAAGUAAAACACUCCUUCCUGGUUAUUCCUGAAUGCCCUGCUCCCCUCCUGGGACGAGACUUAUUAACCAAACUGGGGGCAAAAAUCUCCUUUGAGCCCCAAGGACCUCAGGUGACAUUCCGUAACCCAAAGGUUGGGCAACCCAUGGUUACAGUGUUAUCUCUAAAAUUGGAAGAUGAGUAUAGGCUCUAUGACCACCGAGACCCCCAGCCCAUCACCCCUGCCUGGCUAACUGAUUUUAAAGACUCCUGGGCCGAGACAGCUGGGCUCGGGCUGGCAAUCCAGCAACCGCCUGUAGUGGUCACUCUAAAAGCCACUGCCUCCCCUAUUCGAGUUAAACAAUAUCCCAUUAAUAGAGAAGCUCACCUAGGGAUCAAGAGCCAAAAACAAUUACGAGAAUUCCUGGGUACCACGGGGUUUUGCCGGUUGUGGAUCCCUGGGUUCGCAACCUUGGCAGCUCCCCUAUACCCGUUACUGAAGGGGGGAUCUCCCUUUGUUUGGGAAAAAGACCACCAGCAGGCCUUUGAUGCCAUCAAGCGGGCCCUCCUAUCCGCUCCGGCCCUGGCCCUUCCUAAUGUGGAUAAACCCUUUACUCUCUUCAUUGAAGAGAAGAAAGGAAUAGACAAGAUAACUUUUGGACCCCCGGUGACUCUCAACCCGGCGACCCUGCUGCCGGAAGAAGCUCCGGAACCCAUCCUCCAUACCUGCCAGGACAUCUUGGCAGAAGAGGCCGAACGGUAUGCGGGGGCAGCUGUGACUGAUCAUUCCAAUGUUAUCUGGACAGCCAGACUAGAGGACGGGUCCUUGGCCCAAAAGGCCGAACUGAUCGCUUUGACUAAGGCUCUGGAGCUCGCCAAAGGAAAGCGGGCAAACAUUUACACGGAUAGCCGAUAUGCUUUUGCAACGGCCCACAUCCAUGGGGCCAUAUACCGCCAACGGGACUUCUGA